AUGCGUGAGCAAGAGACAACGAAUGACAAUGCGUACUACGGAAGCGCCCUGGCGGCUGCAAGGCGCGCGGGAGCGAUGGAACCUAACCAACUACAAAAACCAGUACUGUACUGGUACUGGGAACUGGAACCCUCACAACCACCGGUCAGCGCCGUGGGAGGACACGACGCUCAGCUUCAGCUUGGCCCUGCGGGGGAAGACACCAGUGGCCAGAUUGCAAGUCUGGCGGCUAGGACUAGAUUGGGAAUAUCGCCAUCCCGAGCCUCACGGUUUGCGAAAGUCGUUCAGGCCAAAGGCGUCAAGCGCGGGUCCAGCCACAAGUCGAGCUGA